AUGGCGGCGCACGUCGACGCGAAGCCGCACGCGCUGAUCCUCGCCCGCGGCGGCUCCAAGGGCAUCCCGCGGAAGAACAUCAAGCCCCUGAACGGCGUGCCGCUCCUCGUCUACAACGUCAAGGCGGCGCUGGCGUCGGGCGUCUUCGGCCGCGUCGUCGUGUCCAGCGACGACGACGAGAUCCUGGCCGUCGCCGCCAGGGCCGGCGCGAGCACGCACGCGCGGAGCGCGGCGAGCGCCGCGGACGCGGCGUCGAGCGAGGCGGGCGUCUUCGACUACGUCGACGCGACGCCGAGCUGCGCCGUCUGCUGCCUCGUGCAGUGCACGAGCCCGCUCACGGGCGCCGAGGACUUCGCCGCGGGCCACGCGCGCUUCGUCGCCCAGGGCGCCGACUCGCUGGUCACCGUCGUCCGCGCGCACCGCUUCCUGUGGAAGCAGGCGGCCGACGGCUCCGCGGCGCCGUGCAACUACGACCCGGUGAAGCGGCCGCGGCGCCAGGACUGGGACGGCGAGCUCAUCGAGAACGGCGCCUUCUACUUCUUCACCGUCGCGGCGCUCCGCGCGUCCGGCUCGCGGCUCUCGGGCCGCGUCGUCGCCCACGAGAUGCCCGAGGAGACGCUCGCGGAGAUCGACACGCUCACGGACUGGCAGAUCGUCGAGGGCCUCGCCGCCGACAAGUUCAAGGACGCCCCGAAGGCGUGGGGGUUUUAG